UGGUCCCGGUGCUCAGUGCCGUGCGGGGUCCCUCCCUCCCCAGGGCACUAACGCUCAUCCUCUCUGCCUUCCCAGUUGUCCAGACCCGGUUCAGCGAGGAGCCGGAGGAUCAGACUGUGGUGGCCGGGCAGAGGCUUGUCCUGUCCUGCGUGGUGCUGAACUACUCCGGGAUCGUGCAAUGGACCAAAGAUGGCCUGGCGCUGGGCAUGGGGCAGGGGCUGAAAGUUCCCCCUGAAGACCCGGUGAUCGACGGGGCCCCCGAGAUCCUGCUGCGGGCAGGCACCCCGUACAACCUGACGUGCCGGGCUCACAGCGCCAAGCCUGCUGCCACCAUCGUCUGGUUCCGGGACGGGCUGCAGCAGGAAGAUGCCAGCACCAGCACGGAAGUCUUAGCAGACGGCAAGAGGGAAACCACGGUCAGCCAGCUCCUCAUCAACCCCACAGACGCGGACAUCGGGCGGGUCUUUGUCUGCCGGAGCACCAACGACGCCAUCCCGGCCGGCAAGGAGACCUCCGUCAAGCUGAACGUGCACCAUCCCCCCACGGUCACCCUCUCCAUCCAGCCCCAGACGGUGCAGGAAGGCGAGCGGGUCGUCUUCACCUGCGUGGCCACUGCCAACCCGGAGAUCAGAGGCUACAGGUGGGCCAAAGGUGGCGUGAUCAUCGAAGAAGCCAAGGACAGCAAGUACGAGACGCAGGUGGAUUAUUCCUUCUUCACGGAGCCCGUCUCCUGCGAGGUGCACAAUGACGUGGGAAGCACCAACGUCAGCACCCUGGUGGACGUGCACUUCGCCCCUCGGAUCGUGGUGGACCCCAAGCCCACGACCACCGACAUCGGCUCGGAUGUGACGCUGACGUGCGUGUGGGCCGGCAACCCCCCGCUGACCCUCACCUGGACCAAAAAGGAAUCCAACAUGGUCCUGAGCAACAGCAACCAACUCUACCUGAAAUCGGUGACGCAGGCCGACGCCGGGCAGUACAUCUGCAAAGCCAUCGUGCCCAGGAUCGGCGUGGGCGAGCGGGAGGUCGCCCUCUUUGUCAAUGGUCCCCCAAUCAUCUCGAGUGAGGCUGUUCAGUACGCAGUGCGCGGCGACCGCGGGAAAGUGGAGUGUUUCAUCGGGAGCACGCCACCCCCUGACCGCAUUGCCUGGGCCUGGAAGGAGAACAUCCUGGAAGCUGGCACGCUGGAGCGCUACACGGUGGAGAGAACCAACACGGGCAGCGGGGUCCUCUCCACCCUGACCAUCAACAACGUGAUGGAGGCCGAUUUCCAGACCCGCUACAACUGCACGGCCUGGAACAGCUUCGGGCCGGGGACGGCCAUUAUCCAGCUGGAGGAGAAAGAAGUCCUGCCCGUGGGCAUCAUCGCCGGAGCCACCAUCGGGGCCAGCAUCCUCCUCAUCUUCUUCCUCGUCGCCCUGGUCUGCUUCCUCUACCGGCGCCGCAAAGGAAGCCGCAAGGACGUGACCCUGCGCAAGCUGGACAUCAAGGUGGAGACGGUGAACCGGGAGCCCCUGACGCUGCACACGGACCGCGAGGAGGACACGGCCAGCGUCUCCACGGCAACCCGUGUCAUGAAGGCCAUCUACUCGUCGUUCAAGGACGACGUGGACCUGAAGCAGGAUAUGCGGUGCGACACCAUCGACACGCGGGAGGAGUACGAACUCAAGGACCCAACCAACGGUUACUACAACGUUCGUGCCCACGAGGACCGCCCUCCCUCCCGCACCGUGCUCUACGCCGACUACCGCACCCCGGGCCCCGCCCGCUACGACAUGCGCCCCUCCUCCCGCCUCUCCCACUCCAGCGGCUACGCCCAGCUGAACACCUAUACCCGGGGCCCCGCGUCGGAGUACAACACCGAGCCGGCCCCGGGGCCCCCGCCGGGCCCCGCCGCGGGUGAGACGGCCAGCCAGCUCUCCUACGAGAACUACGGCGGCCACGCCGCCUUCCCGCCCAGCGCCGGUUACGCCACCUACCGCCUGGGCUACACCCAGCACCCCCCGCCCAGCCUGGACCGCGCCCCCUACGACGCCUAUGACCCCAUGGGCAAGUACGCCAGCGCCACCCGCUUCUCCUACACCUCUCAGCACUCGGACUACGGGCAGCGGUUCCAGCAGCGGAUGCAGACUCAUGUCUGAAGGACCUGGGGGCUGUGGGGCGACGAUCCUCACCGGAGACAUAAGGGGGGGGUCACAGGUACUUUGUGACUGUCCUCUGAUAUUCAGGGGCUUUUCCUGAACCCCCCACGCCCACCCCUCCAGCGGCAGGACUCUCAGCCUGCCCGGCGACUGCACCCCUCACCGCCUGGAUUCAGGGGACCCUGGCGUCCGGCUGACUCCGGGGCCCCUCUUCCCCUAUAUCUGAGCUUCCAUCCAGCCACCCAUCAUGUUGUCUUCGUUCGUUCUUUUCAGCCCAUGUCUCGAGGGGCCGGCGCCCUCCCCGACUGGAAGGAAAACCAAUUUUGGGGGGUCGGGGAGCCUCACCCCCAUCCCGGCCCUGCUCACGUGCGGCACAGCCCUCCUCCCAGCAGGCUGGAGGCUGGAUCAAGCGUGCUGGUAGCUGCGGGGGGGGGAGAUUCCCUCCUAUGGCCUGGAUCCCACCCGACCCUGCAACAAGCAAGACUCCGGAAACUUGCCCCCGGCCACGCGGGGGAGCCCCGAUUUCUUUGCCACGCGUCGGAUCUUUGAGGGGAGACGGGCCGAGCUGAACUCCGCCGGGGGUGAAAGGUUGUGACAACAAGUGGGGGUGGGUUGCGGGACAGCGGAGGACCAAGCGGCGAUGGGGGGUGGCUGAAGGAAGGCUAGGCUGUGAAGUCCCCCGGGGGCCGUGGGAACCCUGGGGUCUGCAACAGGCUCCCACACAGUUCGGCCGCUAGGAGGCAGAGUUGUGCCGUCACCGGCUCCCAGGGCAUGAUGGGACAUGCCGCAGCGGGCACAGGGGACACUGCGCUCUAGAUGUGAACACGCCCGGGCAGGGGGCCUGUCGGCCGGCAGGCCGUCUAACCCUGCAGCCAGCCUCCGAAUGGGCAAAGGGCUCUGAUCCCAUCUCAGCGUCCAUCGCUCAGCGCCUGGCAGGAUCGGGCCCUAAUGUGGUGAAAUAACUUGGAGCAGCAGCUUUUGAUCUAUUCCAUACCCGGGACCCAUCCAAUACCAGGACCCCCUAUUCUAGACCAGGGUCCCAUGUCCAAUACCGGGACACACUAUACAAAUCCUCCCUCUUCCAUGCUGGGACCCCACACACACAAUACAGGUACUCCCUAUCCUAUACCAGCACCCCUUUCCCAUAUUGGGAUCCCUCCUGCCCCACUUAGCAAUAUGGGAAGGGUGAAAUGCUCGCAUCCCCUACCUUGCGAAUCCCUGACCUAGAUGGCGCUGCUGGCCCUAAGGAGAAAGGUCAGCCCCACACCCGAGUGCUUCCAUUCAUGACAGCACAAGCCAGACCCCGGCCAGUCCUGUAUCUCUCGGGGCGGCCGGAUCCCUUGCCGCUCGCACCCCAAAUUGGAUCCCUCCCCCGCAUGGCAUUCCUCUUCAAAAGAAAGCAGGGGGCCCCGAUCUCUCCCCCAGUACCCUGUCCGUCCAGGGCUAAGCUGACUCUGUCCCCCUAUCCCAAGCACUUUGAAUAUGUUUCUUUGGGUUUAUGUUGGGUUUUUUUAUAUAUAUAUUUUAUAAGGGGGGAAGGAGGGGGUUGGUUGGUUGGUUUUUUUCCUCCGAAAGGACCAAUUGGAAUCCUGCCUCUUCCACCAUUUCCUGUGCCUUGAACUUCAGCUUUAUUUGCCCCAUCGGCGUUCGCUUGCGCGGUGGAACCGAGCGAAGGGGGCGGGAGCGUUGGUGGGGCAAAAUGUUUUAGGGGCUGGUGAAGCUGGAGGCUCAUGUCUCCCUCUAGUGCCUGGCACCAGCCACUACAACAGCCUGUCUGCGAGGCCAGGGGAGGAGCUGCCCCUUUAGCUUGAGGCAUCGAGAGCUGUGUUUUUAGGGCUGAAGGUCGUGAGUUUGAUCCCCAGUGGCGGACGCAGUCUCCACUGAUGAUAGGGGCUUUCCAUUGAGAAAUGAUGGAUUUCCCGGGGUUGUUAUUUUGGUGGGGGUGAGGGGUAUCCUUCAAGCUUCCCAGCGAAGCUGCACCCCACUCCUGGAAGGGAUUGGGGGGGGCUCUGUUUUUGAAGCCUGGCAGUGCCAUUCCCCAGCCAGGCAGAGGGGGCGCUGCUGAGCGACACUGGGUCCCGCCCUGCAGCGUGAGCCGUGCGAGUCCUAAGCAGCGCUGAGCAGGACCCCGGCCCCCACCUUCACUGCCCUUUCCGCCAUUGCUCCGUUAGGGAGCAGGACUCGAACCCAGGCCCAACUUCUCCACGGUCCCGCCCGGCCCAGGCGUCGAACUCUGAUCUCCCGCGUGGCUGGGCAGAGUGCAAAGCCACCAGCCCUGUCUUGCCUGUUCCCCCCUAGUACCUACCGGCGUGGCAGGACCGUAAGCAUCCCGGGCCGUUCCAGCCCUGGGCUGCAGCAGUCCUGGAGGUUUUCUUGUGACCUUGCAGCGUCGGUUUCGUUUGCACAAAUCGGGGCCUUGAUUUUAACUACAGAUAAUGCCCCCCCCCCUUACAUUACGGAGUCAUUCAGAUAUUGUACAGCCGUGAGCUGCGUGGGUUUGGAAGCAGCUGGAAUUUGAUCGUGUCUCCUGAUACGGGCUUUUCCUGCCCUAUUUAUGGGACUUAUGCAGCGGCCAUUAACCUGGCGCCUGAGAACUUCACAAUCUUCACUGGGCUUUUCCUCACAACCCUCUGUGAGGCUGGGCAGGGCUGGUCUCUGGGGCACCUGGCACUGUCGGAAGGCAGGAUACUGGCCUAGAUGCACCAUUGGUCUGACCUAGGAUGGCCGUUCUUAGGGGCUUAGCCCCAUGGUACAGAUGGGGAACUGGAGCCCAGAGACCCAGAUUUUUACAGGUGUUUUGACGUAGUUGCACUCCGCAUCGCAACGCCUAACUGAUUUAGGAACCCAGCUCAUUUUUCAAAGGGGUUUAGGCACUCCAGAGCCUAACCCUCAUGGGCAACUGAUGGGAUUUUUGCUCCAAAGUGCCUAAAUCCUUUUGGAAACUGAGUUUUAGCUCCCAAAUGAGUUAGGCGUUGCAAAACUGGGUGCAACACUGCCCAAUAUGUAGCUCAGUCAUGCGCCCAGGGUCAGAUGGCAGAACAGAGUUGACCCUGGGUCUGCCUGGUCUCAGGAGAACAACCUGAUCCGGGGACCAGCUCUUAACGCACCACUUUCAGGAGUCAUGUUAUUUUGAACUUCAGCUUUCCCCCCCCUUAGUAAUCCAUGUCUAGCUCUUGUGUUUUUAAAGAAAAGAACCCAGGCUCUAACCACUAGACAUCACACUCCUCCCAGCACCUGCAAACACGACCCUGAAAGGUUCAGAAGCCUGCAGGAGAAUCAAAAGGACCCAGUUUUUGCCCCAGCUCAUGAGUGGUGGGCGGUCUGAUUUGCAAUUUGUGAACGGUUGGGAUUGGCAGCUCUGGCAGCGGGAUCUUAAUAGAAAGUCUGAGCCAAAUCUGGCGUCGUAGUCCAUGACUGGAGCCAGGGGCUGCUGCAAUAGAAAUAAUAAUGACUGAUAGUCAUCAUAAGUAACAAACCAGUGCUGGCUAAUUUGCUGGCAUGAGUCGGUCAUGUGAGAAGGGUUGUUUUUUAUAUGAAUGUAUCUAAAUAUAUAUUUUAUAUAAAUAUCCUGCCAAGCAAAUUCUUGAAAGCCAGAAGCACAUGUUCUUAAUGCUGAGCGGUAUAUAAUUAUAGAUCAACGCCCCCCCAAAAAAACUUCCGCUUUGAGGCAGACAGCUGGCACGGGAAAUUUCAGCCCGAAGGGUUAACGUCUGCAAUGUUCUACGCAACUGAAAACAGGGCCUUAGAAUGGAACGUGUUGGGCAACCUUAACUCUAGGGGGUGCGCCAUGCACCCUGCAGAGAUCAUGGGGGCUUGGCUGGGCGUGUGUAGAGGGCCAUGGAAAAUGAGAGCGAAGCAAUAAUUCCUCGAGGGAGAGGGUUGUGUCUGUGACGGGGAACUGGAGAAAAGCCGAAGAAUGUAGCUGGUCCUAGAGUUCAAAUCUGGAUAGAUUUGUUUUUUCGCUUGACCUCAGUCUGGCUUCGGGGUUUGAAUGGCCCCUGGACGGCUGCCCUGCGCUUCCCUCUCUUGAGCAUUUGUGCUCUGCAGUAUCAACCUGCUUGUGGCCAACUCCAGCUCACUGGGACUGGCUCCCAGUGCAUCCCAGGAGUGAGAGCCAGGACACCUGGGUUCUAUUCCCAGCUCUGGGAGAGGAGGGACGUCUAGUGGUUAGAUCAGAGGACUGGGAGUCAGGUCCUAUUCCUAGCUCUGGGAGUGGAGGGAAGUCUACUGGUUAGAUAUGGGGACUGGGAGUCAGGACUCCGGACUCCUGGGUUCUACCUGGUUUGUGUUGGUUAAACUGGUGUAACCCAACCCGUGGGGUGUUCUGUCUCCUCCUAGUGGCGGCUUGGCUACCAGAUGAGCUCAGGACUAGCCGAGGCUCAGGCAUCAAGAUUCAGAGGGUCCCACGUGCAAUUCCUGCUGUCGACAGCCCACCCGAGGGUGCGGGAUUACACCCACGUCCUUGAAUUUGCAGGCUCAAGCAGGGGUUUGCAUGAGUAACUUUAAACCAUUUUAAGUCAAACCAGUGCAAGUACUGUGUGUGGAGCAGCCCAAAGGGAGUUGGGAACCCAGUUCCCGUGGAAUUUCCCUGGGAGUUGGGUGCCGAGUUGCCUGCGGUUGUUUUGCCUCCCCCAACAGAGCGCCCCUUGGGCAGCUGGACGAUGGGAGCGGUUCGGCCGUUACGGCGCCGGGUUGGCACAGUGCCGGAAACCAGCACAAGGUGCGGGUGGGUUCCUCUCCAUUCGGGACCUCGGAGAUGGGUCGGGCAGAGCUCUCUGCCUGCCUUGUCCCAGAGCUCUAGAGGGGUCUCGUCAGCUCACCCCAGCACCUGGGCGGUCUUUCCUUUGCUUCUGGGCGCUGGGGCUGGGUGGCUGUGGAGAGAGACAGGACGGAUCUCCCCACCCUCAACCCCCUGCAGUCAGGAACAACCCACCCCUUGGUUCGAGUCACUCCCUCUGGUGCUAAUUCAGAAGCCUUCACCCUUGCCAGACACCCCCACUCCCGCCCCAUGGCUGAGUGCAAGGGUGGGGGAGCAGGGAGUAGACCCAGCAUCACCCACUUUGAAGGAGUUAACCUUGACCCCACUCCCCCCCGAAUGUACCUUUAAAACAGGCCUGAUGCUGCAAGGCCCUGAACCCGAGCCCAGAAACCGCGCCCGCGGCCUGCAGCUUUAAUUCAGGUGUCACCACUGUCAGGCCGUGCGGCUUUUUUUCUUCCCCAGCGGUGCCUGUGGGGACCCCCUGGGGACCCCCGUUCUCUCCCGCCCCAGUCUAGAGCGGGGGGGGAAGCGGUGGAACUGGCCUUCGCCCCGACGGUGCCGGGAUCCUCUUUAGCAAUAGAAACCCUCACUGCCAUGACACGGAACCGUGCAAAACCAGGAGCCGAGUGGCUUUCCGUGAAACUCACUGUAGGGGGAUCGUCUUCGAGGUUAUGCAGCCCCCCGCCCUCCCCCCACGCACACACCUUCUGGCUCACUGCUAAACGCCCAGGCUCAUUGGAUCCCCCAUGGGAAUGGGGGGGAGAAAUGGGGGGUAUUUUUCUUAGCACAGGCCCUUUUAGAUUUCUAGAGACGUGUAUCUGUGAGUCCCCUGCACCCCUUGCCCGGCCCCACCUUGGAUUAUUUUUUUCAUUUUCCUUUUUUUUUUAAAUAUUAUGUACUAUAUUUUUAGUCUUAAACACGAUAUA